AUGGAAAAACGUGCUUUGUGCUGUUCAACACCACAACAACCAAAUCAAACCACUGAGGAAACGUUAAUUAGUGCUCCAUCAGAGCAAUCAUCCGUUUCAACUCGUAUCAGACGUAUGCAAAUUCCAACGAAAGCAAGUGAUGUUGAUCAAUUCCUGGAUGCUAUCUUUGAACAGGUGUUGCCAGCAAACGAUUUAGAGCGAACUGAUGACAGUCAUGUAAACGCUGCAGUAGUUACAACAACAAUUAAAGGAACUAUUGCUAAUGAUUCAAAUGAAACUAUACAAUCGGCACCACAACAAUGUAUGACAACAAUGAUAAAUUAUGCAGCACAACCAAUGAUGUUAAUGCUACCUGUAGAGAGUAUUGCUUGUCGUAUGCUUACAGCAAGCCAACAACAACAACAACAACAAAAUCGAGAACAAGUAUAUACUGCUAAUACCUUGCCUAACGGUACCAUUACUAGCACACCAUUAUCAUCAGUAAUGCCGAUUAUGGUACCGAUGAUGUGUGUAUCACCAACACCGGCGACAACUGUUACAGCAUGCCUGUCACCAACACCAAUAAAGAAUUCAAUAGUCACUGACAAUCAUUCUCAUCCGGACGAUCAUACAUUAUCACCGAUAUCUGUUUGUUACAAUUACAAUACCACAUCUGCAUUGUAUAGCAAUGGUACCAUGGCAUCUAAUGCAUAUGCAAAUGGUACUAGCCAUAACGAGCUCAAUGAUGGCGAAUUAUCAAGUUUAUCAGCCACAAUGAUAAUUCGUUCUUCACCACUUCCUGAAACAGCACAAUCACCUACAAAUUUAGACGAGAAAGGUCGCGUCGGACAAAUACAACCAACUUCAACUAAAGCUCGAUACAUUGGACCAGUGCAUCCAAAAACAAAUGAAUCUUUGAAAAGUCCACCAUUACCGACCAAAAAUUUGCAUAAUAAAGAAAUGGAACAAAAUCAAUCCCAACCUCAUCAACUGGGCAAUAUUAGAAAUCGAUUUCAUCCUAACGGAAUAGACGAGAAUUGUUAUUAUGGUAUAGUUACACGAGAACAACUAUAUUCAGAGAAAUCUGCUGUAUCAUCAGAUGAUUAUGUCACAUCAUCACCAUCACAUCCAAAUCCAUCAUUACGACAAACACAGGUACAUUUGGAAUCACAAUCUCCACUAUCACCAUCACCACACUUGAUAACUAUAGCGGAAAAAAAAUCCAGCACAGGAAUUACAGGCAGCAACGAAAUCGUUUCCAGCAAUAGUUUUCCAAAAUUGAACAUUUAUGGUAGUCCAGCAAUAGGAAAUGUAAACGUUUAUAGUACAACAAAUUCGAAUGGCAUCGUACAAGAGAAAAAAUCAAAGCGAACACUUGUUGAAUUCGAAAAUGAUGCAUUGAGAAGGAUUGGUGAAAAAGGAAAAAGUAUUUAUGUUAAUCCCACAACAAGAAGUUUAACUGUUUAUAAUACAACAAAUUCUGUAAAAGACACUUCCAAACAACAACAACAACAUCUGGAGCAGCAACAGUUAUUACAUCAUCCUUUUGAUAUCGAUAAUGAAACAUCCAAACCAACCUUUCAACGCCAUAUUGAUUCAUUAAACAAGUUAGAAGAACAACGAGAAACAUUUGGAGAAUGGAUAAAUGAAAUGGAUAUAAUAAAAAAUGAUGCGCAAAAUCAAGCUCAAAUAAUGGCAGAAGUUGCAAUUCAUCAGGCUCAUUUAUCAGAAUUGCAACAACAACAACAACAACAACAACAAAAACAAAAACAACAACAAGGAACAGGGACAUCGUAUUUUGUACAGGAUGGUCAACAAAACCAACAACAGCGUGAACGUCCUGCUAUACAGUAUAUUCAACAGCCAUGGGAUUUAAUGAUUCGUAAACAAAUAUUUCAUCCUAAUGAAAAUCUUGGAGAAGAGCAAGAAAUUGAUUUGAUUUUUGCUCAAAUUAUUACCGAUUGUCGUAAACCUAAAAGUUAUCGAAUUCGUAGCAAUGAACGUGAUGCUGUAAGUCAAAUUUUACGCAGCUAUCGGAUUCUUCCUACUAUGCUCGAUAAUCCUCAGUUAAUCAUGAUGGAUGUCAAGGUAGCUGUUAUCCAAUGCGCUCGCAGAUGGCCUUUAUACUUCAGUGUUCAGUUCCCGGUUGUGGAUCAGUUCAUUAAUAGGGUUACUAAUGAAUCAGCAAAUGCACGUCGGAUACUAGCAGUUCAUGAAUCCGGUCUUUCGAUGCUAAGUCAAGAUGACAGCGGUGAAAAGAUGGAAUUAAAUGUUUUGGAUCAUUUCAGGUGA